UGUGUCUUCCAACUCUUUAGGAACCAUGGCCCGAGGAAAGAGCAUGUUGGACGAGAUCAAAAAGGAACUAGAAUGCCCGGUGUGCCAGGAACAAUUCAGCGAGAACAAUGAACCGAAAAUUCUCAAAUGUCAACACACGUUUUGCAAAUCCUGUCUUAACGGCUGGUUACGACGGCACGGUGGAGGAAGGUUGAGUUGCCCAAACUGUCGAGUGAUUACCGAAUGUCCCAACGACAAUAUUGACUGCUUACCGACCAACCUUGGAUUUAAGAAUCUGGGAGUUAUCUUGGAAGCCCACGGUGACUUAAGCAACGGUGACCGUCGAGACAUCAGAUCACAGGAAGAGAACAUAUGUGAGCUCCAUAGAAAGAAACUUGAACAUUACUGCGAACAGUGCCAGAUUUGCAUAUGCUCUGAUUGUGUUAUUGUUGAGCAUCGGGAUCCGAAAAGUCACCAAAUCGUGUCUAUAGAACAUGGAGCGAAAAUUCAGGGCGUAAUUAUCACAGAAAAACUUAGAUCUCUGGAAGCGAUCACUUCCCGCUUUAGGCGCGAUAUUGCUACUUUGUCGGAAAGGAGAGAUAAAUUUAACACUAACAUAGAGCAGGCAGUGAAAGCGCUCCAUAAGGCGGCGGAAAGCUGCAGAAAUUUGAUACGCCAACAUGAAGCUAGCGUGACGGAGCAGCUGGUGAGGGAGAGAUCGCUUUACGAUAAUACUAUUUCCCAGGAGUUGUCGAAGCUAACUGGCAAACUGGAGAUUAUGGCUAGCGUUGCGAUCCGUGGUAAAACGAUUCUUGAAAACCGUAACAUAGAGGAAAUGAUAACCAUGAAACAAGUACUCGAUGAAUUGACUUCAGAUAAAGUCAGACCGCUACUCAGAUAUCCAGACGUAAAAUACACCCCAAGUGCACACCCUCGAAACUUACCUACUGGAAAGCUGUUUAUAACUCACACAGAACCUUCUAUGAGUGUGGUCACUGGUGAAGGCCUGACAAGCGGUAUACAAUCACAGGAAGCCAAUUUUACGGUGACAACAAAGGAUUCAACGGGUCAGACAACUUACAGUGAAAUUGACAAGAUCAUCGUUGAGAUUACGUCUGUACGGAAGGGAAUAAAAGACAUUCCAGUUGUUAUCAAAGAAUUGAAAGACGGUCGAUAUUCUGUUUUCUAUACACCAAAUGCUUUUGGCGAAUUUAGGGUUUCAAUCAAAGUCCGAGACGAACCAAUUCGAGGGAGUCCCUUCAAACUUCGAAUUAAAAAAAUUCCGAAGCCCACUGUCUUUGAAGGGAGUUCUAAAUUUCAAGGCGUAAAGCUCCACAGAGAUUGGAUUCCUCAGCCAAGAAAUCGACAAGGUAAUGAGCCUUAAAAAACAGUUACGAUUAGG